AAUUGGUAAAAUAAUGUGUGAUAAUUUUGUUUCUAAACGUCAUCUUAGACGGCUUGUAAAAAAAGAAAUUGAAAAUUUCUCAAAUUGUACUCGGCAGACUCUUACUGAUCAGGAACUUUCGGCACCUAUAGAAAUUAAUCAGUCAUCAAAUGAGGGUAGCCAAUCGGAAAACUUUAAUAUUCAUGACGAAAUGAAUCCAAAUGAUACGAGUUUCAGCAGUGAAAAAAAAGAUUGUAUUGAUCGGAAGCUUGCUUCGUGGGUAAUAAAUAAUCGCGUUUCCAACGAAUGCUGUAAUUCGCUUCUUAGCAUUUUAAAAAGUGAAGGUAUUAAUGUUGCACUAUGCAAGGAAACAUUGUUGAAAGCGUUAUAUGCAGAAAACUCUUAUUGCCCUAAUGAGAGCCCGUCAAUAUCACAAAUGCCACCAGGUGAAUAUUUUCAUUUUGGAUUAGAAAAAGCGCUGAUGAUGCAUGGCCAAUACUUGCUGUUGAAUGCAAAGUCCGAAUUACUUCUUGAUGUAUUUGUGGAUGGAAUGCCGCUUUAUAAAAGCUCAUCAACGUCAUUAUGGCCAAUCUUAUGUUCUUUCUCAGAGUUCAAAAACUCACAACCAUUUUUAAUUGCUACUUAUAUUGGUAAAUCAAAACCUCCGGAUGUAAAGGAUUUCUUAAAAAGAUUUGUGGAGGAAUACAUCUAUUUGAAAAAUGAAGGUUUUAAAAUUGGUGAUAAAUACUUUACACCCAAAAUUAGACUUUUUGUUUGUGACACACCUGCAAGGGCUUUUUUAACCGGUACAGUGGGACACACUUCUGCGCAAGGAUGUUCGAAAUGUGAGCAAGAAGCUUCAUAUAAAAAUAAGAGACUAAAUUAUGCUAUAGUACCCGGAAAUGCCAGGACUGAUGAAGCUUUCCUAGCACGAAAAAGUCAAGCAUAUCACAUACAGCAAUUUCGUAGCGAAACUCACCCUUUGGAAUUAUGCAACAUUAAGAUGGUCACACAAUUUCCGCUUGACACUAUGCAUUUGAUUGACCUUGGAGUGUUUAAAAAGAUGUUGCGUUUAAUUUUACAAAACAAGCAUACAAAAUCAAAGUUAAAUGUAGCGGAAAUAAAUGAAUUAAAUCGCAAAAUAUUGUAUAUUGCGAAGUAUACCCCAAAGGAGUUUGCUCGAAAAGGUAGACUAUUUGACGAGGUAUGCAGGUGGAAGGCAAAGGAAUUCCGGCAAGUUGUGCUUUACACGGGAAUAAUUAUUUUUAAAAACAUAUUGCAUGAGGAUUUAUAUACACACUUUUUACUAUUACAUACAGCAUAUCGGAUGGUUUCGUGUCCUUCAAAUUGUCAUAAGAAUUUGCAAUGCGUUCAACAACUAAUGGAAGCUUUUGUUGCCGAUUUUGCCUUGAUAUAUGGAAGUGAUAAGAUCAGUUAUAACGUGCACAAUUUACUACAUUUGGCGAAAUGCGUGGAAAACUUUGGAAAUGUAGAAAAUUUUUCAUCAUAUAAAUAUGAGAACUUUUUGCAAACCUUAAAAAAAGAUUGUCGGAAACCAUCAUACAUUAGCCAACAGCUAAAUAAUCGAUGCAUGGAGCGGCAUUUGCUUUUGAAAACAAAUGAUCCUAAAUUCUUACCACUUGGGCAAAAACACAGAAACAACUUGUUUAUGAGAUACAAGUUCGACACAUAUUUCUUAUCCGGAAAAUCUCCUGACAAUUUUUGCUUCACUAUGAGUAUGGUUCCAAUUAAAGUAUAUGGUUUCUUGGUAGAUAGCGGCGAAGAAUACGUAGUCGGUAACGCAUUUACAGAUGCAGUAAGCUUGUUUCAGUACCCAGUGGACUCUAAAAAGUGUUUAGGAAUUUGUAAGGCGAAAACACUAAAUAUCCACCGAGAGAAAAUUAACAUGCGUGACAUAUAUUGCAAGAUAUUUUGCGUACCUGAUGGGGAAUAUUUUGUAUUUAUUCCUAUUCUACACCACUGUCAAAUUUAGUAAAUACUAAUAUUUAAACUAUAUUUCAAACUAUUUUUCUACCUUAAGAACCAUGAAUUUUAAUGCGAACAUAUUCCAAACUCAAUCAGUUUUUACGGAUGAAACUGUACAAAGCACACCGAAUAAUGUCGCAG